GCCAUCAUCCAUCCGACCAAACCCACCUUCUUUGUCCAAAUCGACAUAUAUAUUUUUCCCUCGCUCGCCAUGACCCGCGGACUGCAAAAGCAACAAGCUAGAGCCAACGCCGAGAAGCGUGCCGCGGCCAAUGCACCUCCCAAGAGUCAAUUGAAGGCCAUGGUCGAGGGCAACAAGUUCAAGUGUCCCAAGUGCAUGUUGAUGAUCGCCAACUACAAGCUGAUCGUCCAGCACAUGGAAGCGAAACAUCCAAAGGAACCCAUCCCCUCAGAGUCUUCCUUUAGUGUUUGAUCUUAGGCUUUCGGGAUGGUUUUUUUUUUUUCCUUUUCUUUUUUCGCCGUCAGGAUAAGCGAUAGUUUAUCCGCAGGACACUUUUUUUUGGAAACUAGUGAACAUGUUCAUACCAUGCAUCAAAAGAGGGUGGGGGGAAAGCAAAGCCAGGAUUAGCAGAUUAACAGAGUAACAGAGCGCCCAUUAGAACAAACAACUUUUGCAACUUGCAAUAAACAUAUAAACAUUCAUUCAAC